AUGGAGUCUGGUUACUUGACGGCAAAACCGGAGGUCAUCUCCAAUAAUCCCGAGAAAGGAGACAUAGUACAACUUUGGAAUCUCCAAAAGAAUUACACGAGGGCUUACAAUGCCCUGUUCAAGUCGUCAAUUAGAAAAUGGUAUAUCACUAACAAAGAUGGAAACGUCCUCAUACCAGCCAUUGUUACUGGGCCAUUCAGUUAUUCCGAUAGAGUGGCGAUUCAAAACGCGCUCUGGCGAAUCACGAACAACACUUGUAUUCGGUUCAUUCAACGUACUGAUCAAAAGGACUAUGUAGAUUUUAUUAACGAACGAGGCAAAGGUUGCUACUCGAGCAUCGGACGCAUGAAGGGCCGUGCCCCUUUGCAUCUCGAAUCCAGCAGUAGGGGCACAUGCAUGAAACCGAGAACUCUGUUACACGAGCUGCUGCACCUUUGUGGCCUGUGGCAUGAGCAUAUGAGAUACGAUCGUGAUAACUACGUUGAGAUUCUUUAUGAAAAUAUUCCGCAAGAAGUCCACUAUGAUUUCGCUAAACUCAGUCCGUCUCAAGCAACUACUUACGACCUACCGUAUGAUUACAAAUCUGUGAUGCACUACAGGAAGGAUGAAUUCGCAUUGCCGUCUAAGAUCAGCAUACGAACUAAAGAUCCAAACUACCAGGUGCCUUACCUUAUUUUAGGCAUUUUGCCUAGAAAUUUUCAUGCACUAGUAUGGCUAGGCUAG